GCGACGCCGAUAUGUCGCUGAAGCAGGGCAGCGGCACCGGCAAGGUCCACUUCGGUGGUUUGGACGAUGUGUCCCUGUACGGCACACCCGUGGAGCCAGCGCCCCCGGCCCCCGACGCCAAGCAGGGUUUCCUGCGCAACCAGCUGCAGGCCCUCUUCCAGCCCACCGACAACAAAUUAGCCAUGAAGCUCUUCGGUUCAAAAAAGGCUCUAAUGAAGGAGCGCAUCAGGCAGAAGGCGGCAGGACAUUGGGUCAUCCAUCCAUGUAGUAGUUUUAGGUUCUACUGGGAUCUAUGUAUGCUAUUAUUACUGGUGGCUAACCUGAUCAUUCUUCCCGUAGCCAUCUCCUUCUUCAACGACGAUCUAAGCACACGAUGGAUAGCCUUCAAUUGUCUGUCAGACACCAUAUUUCUUAUAGAUAUUGUUGUUAAUUUUAGAACAGGAAUAAUGCAGCAAGAUAAUGCAGAACAAGUGAUAUUAGAUCCAAAGUUAAUAGCGAAGCACUAUUUGAGGACAUGGUUCUUCCUUGACCUCAUCUCUAGUAUACCACUAGAUUAUAUAUUCCUAAUCUUCAAUCAGGUAAACGAUUUUAGUGAAAGCUUUCAAAUUCUUCAUGCCGGUCGUGCCCUAAGGAUACUACGGUUAGCAAAACUUUUAUCGCUGGUACGACUGCUACGACUUUCCAGGCUCGUCCGAUAUGUAUCACAAUGGGAGGAAGUAUAUAUCUUGCAGAAUCUUCAAAAAAAGCGCACGGAACGGAGGGGACGACUCAGCUCAGAUGUCGCAAAAAAGAAGGGUGACACCAAAAGCAAUCUGAUCUUUAAGUUCCUCAAUAUGGCAUCGGUGUUCAUGCGGAUAUUCAACUUAAUCUGCAUGAUGUUGUUGAUCGGGCAUUGGUCCGGAUGUCUACAAUUUCUCGUUCCAAUGCUUCAAGGGUUUCCUCCGAAUUCUUGGGUCGCAAUCAAUGAAUUACAGGAAGCUUUCUGGCUUGAACAAUAUUCCUGGGCCUUAUUUAAGGCCAUGUCUCAUAUGUUAUGCAUUGGAUAUGGCCGGUUUCCGCCACAAUCACUUACCGACAUGUGGUUAACGAUGCUUUCAAUGAUUUCCGGCGCCACUUGUUAUGCACUUUUCCUCGGACACGCUACAAAUCUUAUUCAAAGUCUUGACUCUUCGCGCAGACAAUAUCGGGAAAAGAGACUUGACGUAAAACAAGUGGAGGAAUAUAUGGCUUACAGGAAACUCCCUCGCGAAAUGCGUCAACGCAUUACGGAGUACUUCGAACAUCGUUACCAGGGAAAAUUCUUCGACGAGGAAUUGAUUUUAGGCGAACUAAGCGAGAAGUUAAGAGAAGACGUUAUCAAUUAUAAUUGUCGAUCUCUCGUCGCUUCGGUGCCAUUCUUCGCAAAUGCUGACUCCAACUUUGUCUCAGACGUAGUCACCAAAUUGCGAUAUGAAGUCUUCCAGCCUGGUGACAUUAUCAUUAAAGAAGGCACAAUUGGAAAUAAAAUGUAUUUUAUUCAAGAGGGCAUCGUAGAUAUAGUAAUGGCAAACGGCGAAGUUGCGACCAGUCUCUCCGACGGAUCUUACUUCGGUGAAAUCUGCCUAUUGACCAACGCCCGACGAGUUGCUUCCGUCCGCGCCGAAACUUACUGUAAUCUCUUCUCUUUAUCUGUGGACCAUUUCAACGCAGUGCUCGAUCAGUAUCCUUUGAUGCGGCGAACUAUGGAAAGCGUCGCCGCCGAAAGAUUGAAUAAGAUCGGCAAGAAUCCUAAUCUGGUCGCGCAUCGAGAGGAUGAUACGACGUCAGAAGGGAACACUAUCAACGCCGUAGUAAACGCGCUGGCAGCGGAAGCGGAGCACGUGAGCCUGUCGGACGACAGCGUGGCGCGGUUAUCGGAGCGGUCGCUGGGACUUGCGCUACAGCCACUGCAGGCCGCGUCGUGCCGCAUGGCAGGCGUGGCGCUGCCGGGCUUGGGUGUGGCGGCCGCUUUGCCUCGCCCCAAGUCCGAGCACGACUUCAGCUCGGCACAGGCGCAGCAACCGCCCCUAGCCAGCGCCGCGGCCUUCCACAAGUCGGACGCCGGCAUCGCCCCCUGACGCCGCACGCUGUGCUAGGCCCCGGCCGGGCCCGUGGCCGACCGAUAGCAAUAAUAGGCUUAGUGCGAGCGCGCGGCGCCUCGCUAGUUGUAGCGUAGACGCGAGUAUUAUAGCUGCGACUUCGCCGGGCGCGCGCCCACCGCGCCCGCUGAAUCUCAUUUUGUGAUCUUAUACUUAAUUCUCCUGUGUUAUAAUUUAGGUUAAAUUUUAUAUCAUUGACGCUGUGAGGAUACGAAUACGCGACGUAUUUUGAUUGUAUAGAUAUACCUGUUAUAUAUUGAGAAUGAUAAUAUUGAGUCUUUAUAGAGAUACCUUGCCAUUAAAGAGAAAAAUAAUUAUAUAGACUAGACUGAAAUGUAAAGAUAUCACUAUUUUAUGCUUUGUUGGCGUACGUAAUAGAACUUUAUUGUUGACGGAUGCGAAUCAAUCGUUCGCGCAUACGAACGUUGGUAAUUUAAAACGUUCCCGAUAGUGACGAAAUCGAAAAUAUAUGAAAUAUGAAUUGUUAAUAAUUAUGUAAACUACGAAUUAGAAAAGUAUAGAUAGAAGCGUUGCGUAGCUGCGCGUUGCCUACGCUGCCACCGAGUCGAUGCAACGCAUAAGUUAGACCCAUGUGCCAUAUGUCCGCCAGGCGCCACCAGUAGGUACCGCGCAGUGGGCGAUGUGCUCCGCACCCGCGACGCACACCAUGACGAAACUCACGAUUCCAUAGCACACGGACGCUUUCUUAAUUUUAAAUUUAAGUAAAUUAACGGCGGAUAUCAGACGUAUCGUCGGUCACGGUUUCCUAAGUAGAGGUGAAAGAGUAGCGCUUCGAAUCGUUUCUUUAUGUAAAUAUUGUAUUAUCAAAGAUUCGCUAUUAGCGUGAUUUGUUUUAUAGAAGUGAUAGGGGACGCUCGUCAGAGCGAUCCAGUCAAUUACCGCGCGAGCGCGACGAUACACGUCUCGUUUCUCGAUGCACUAUAACACUUCGUACCUUGUUUUAAUUGUAGGUGAAAAUAAUUUAUUAUCGAUAGUGAUCAUUUUGUAGUAAUAAGUAGACCGAAGCGGUAACGAAUUCGGACGAAUUAAGUUUUGUGAUAGAGCAGCAGUGGGCUGCGAGCGCGCUGCCUCGCCGCCGGCUCGGCGAUACUCGAUACAUACUAACGACGUAGAAGUAGCCACAUGCAUGGAUAAUGCUUACACUUCUUUCUGACUUAAGACUUUAUUUCCAUUCUAUAUUUAGCAUUUUUUUCUGCCAACAGUUUUUGCGAUUAGUGACUACUGCAAGCGCUUCACGAACUUUUAAAAUUUCGUAGCAAUAAAUAGUUAAUCGCAACGAGUAACAUAUCCUUCGAUUAGAGUAGAGUAGUCGUUGAGCCGACCGCCGCCGGCGCCGCAUCUUUGGCACGUUUCAUCGUUGACUAAUUCUUAUAGUAUCAUGACAAUUUGUAAAAAAAAUUUUGCAAAUGUUGACUUUUUAGCCAAAAUAUAGAUUAUGAAUGACGAACCAAUACGCAGUAGCUUACUUGUAGAUGAAUGCAGCCUAGUUCUCAGUUUUGGCGACUAACACCAAUAGAUACUUUAUACUCGUAAGAUAUUUAUACGAUUGACCUUAACAGAGUGACAUCUGUCAAUUUAUCUACAAAGAGAAAAAAAUAUAACAUUACGUUUUAUCCCCAGAGGCAUUUAUUUAUUGUUGUUUUACCUAACAUUACCGCUUUUGUAAAUUAUAUAAAUUUUAUAGAAGAGAUCUAUUUUUAUUGUGAAGUUAAACUGCUGAAUAAAAGCAAAGAAACAUUAUUAUAUAAAUCAAAACUUUUUUUUAUUGAAACUGUUAAUUAAUAUAUAGUUAAAUUAUACUGAUUUCUGGUAUCUAUUUUCACCAAAAGUGCUCAUCGCUGUCAAAAAAUUAGAGGAAAUGCAUUAAAGAAUGAAGAAAA